AUGGGAUUGUAUAAACGGAAGAUUACCGUUGAUGACACAGCUAUCACAUCGGCUGUUAACUUGACGUUACGACAGUCGUUGCUUCCGAAUGCAUUAGUUACGAUUUUGUUCUUCCUAUGGGGAUUUGGCUAUGGGUUGUUGGAUACAUUAAAUUCGCACUUUCAAACUACUUUGAACAUCACUGCUGGCAGAUCAUCCGGGUUGCAGGCUUCGUAUUUUGCUGCAUACUUCAUUUGCCCAUUGACUAUCUCCGGGUGGAUUGUUCGCAAGCAUGGAUUUAGAGUUACAUUCAUGACUGGUCUGGCUAUUCUCGCAGUCGGGUGUCUCCUCUUCUGGCCAAGUGGUGUGAAAAGGUCCUUCGGAGGCUUCUGUGGUAGUAUGUUUGUUGUCGGAGCCGGAUUGUCUACUCUGGAAACUGCUGCAGAUCCUUUCCUUGCCAUUUGCGGUCCCCCAAAGUAUAGCGAAAUCCGACUUAACUUGGGACAAGCCGUGCAAGGAGUCGGUACAUUCAUUGCCCCACUUCUGGCAUCUCGCGUCUUCUUUGCCAACACAGUCGAUACAAAUGCUGGACUGAAAAAUGUCCAGUGGACUUACCUAGGUGUUGCCUGCUUCGUUAUCUUACUUAUCUUCCUUUUCUGGCUCGCACCAUUCCCCGAAAUUACCGAUGCCGACCAGGAGGCGCUGGAGGGACAAAUCUCAGACAGCGAUACAGACGUUGGUCCAUUUAGCAAGCAAUACACCUUAUUCUUGGGAGUGUGGAGCCAGUUCUGCUACGUGGGUGCACAGGCUGCUGUCGCUGGGUACUUUAUCAACUUCUGUGAGGAGGCUGGCCGAAGCUCUGCGGCAAGUUCCGACCUGCUAUCUGUCGCCCAAGGCCUUUACGCAUUCAUGCGUUUUGUUUCUGGCGGCUUGAUGAUGCUGAAGCCAUUCAAGCCUCGCAUUAUGUUGAUCGUUUUCUUGGUUCUUUGCUUCAUUUUCACUGUGGUAGCUAUGGUUACUCAUGGUACUGUCUCUAUUGCAAUGGUUAUACUUGUUUUGUGUUUUGAGUCGCUUUGCUUUGCCACAAUAUUUACGUUGGCACUUCGUGGCCUUGGCCGUCAUACCAAGCUUGGAGGCUCUUUACUGGUUGCAGCUAUCUCUGGUGGCAUGGUCUUCCCACCUAUGAUGGGAGCUAUCGUUACUAAGGUGAAUGCCCACACUGCCAUGGCUAUUCCAAUGAUGGGCUAUAUUCUUGCAUUGAUCUUCCCAAUCUACGUGAACAUCUACAAGAAGGAUAGCAUGGACUUGCACCGCAACACUGAGGUUAACGUCUCAAUCCCAGUGAGCAAAGAUGUUGCAAUGGAAGAAGGGACCCAGAGUAAGCCGACUGCUGCGAAUGUUGAGACGGCUGAGGAUGAGCAGCAAUAA